AUGUCAAACCAAGCAGGGCCAUCGACGGUAUCUCAAGCGAGUCUGCUAGACCUCAAAGCAAUCACUGCUGAGCAUGUAGAUAGGUUCGCGAAAGAGGGGCGUAAAGCCGUCAAAGGUCAACCGAGAAAUCGUGCUUUGGACAAGAAAAAAGAUCCCUUCGAUCGACCUUCACCUGGAUUAGUCAAAAGAUUAGCAGCAGAAGCUAGGAACGAUGCGAAGUCACGUAGAUUCGCUGAAGAGGAUGGACUGAAUGAAGAACAGCGGAGAGCGAUCUUGAAAGCCAAAGCGAAGAAGUAUGAAGCUAUAAGGAAAGGUGAUUUCUCGGGGAUGAGCCAGAAGGAGAUGGAAGAGGCUGUGAUAGAUUUCGAGCGAAAGAUGGAAGCAGACGGCUAUUCAUCCCAUUCAUCAGAUGAAGAUGAAUCUGCUAGACCAUCACGACCUAAAUGGCAUGACGAGGACGAGGAAGAUGAUGGUGAUGACGAUGACGAUCUAGCAAGGGUGGAAUACAUCGAUGAAAUGGGUCGAACUAGGACGGGUACACGCAAAGAAGCCAAAGAAGCUGAACGGCUGAGAUCCGGCAGAAGAGGUGAAAGAGAGGCUGUACAGGGGAUCGAAAGUGGACAAGAAGGCUCUGCAUAUGCCGAAGUACUCGUAAGGAAGCUGACCCGACACCUCGUAGAUGGCGAUCAAAACUUCUUUCCGGUGUAUGAACCUGACCAAGAGGCUUUGAAGAAGAAAUAUCGAGAAGCAGAGGAAGAAGCUAGAGCACAUCAUUAUGAUUCCACUAAAGAGGUCCGGGUCAAAGGAGCAGGUCAAUAUCAGUUCUCUUUGGACGAAGAGACACGUGCAGAACAAAUGGCAUCUCUUGCAUCUGAACGACAAGAAACCGAAGAUGCUCGAUCCAAAGCCGCCCAAUCUCAGCGGAAGGGUCUAUCAGCUGCUCAGGAAGCUAGAAAGAGGAAGGCUGAUGAGAGAAAAGCACUCAUCGAGGCCAAGAGAGCUAAGAUGUUAGGUGGUGAGAAGGAAGUUGAGAGACUAAGAGAGGAGAAGAGCAAGAGAGAAACGGAUGAUUUCUUGAAGAAUCUGGAGAACGAGCUGGAUGCGUCUGAGGUGAAGAAGAGACAGUGA